UAGUCUUCCGGAGGCGAGAUGCCGCCCAAUUCCACGACUUUCGGGUGGCAUCAGCGGUGCCAACAUCAAUCAGACCCCUUCUUCUUCGUUUUAGCAACAGCAACAGUUACUGCUCUCAUCAUCAGUCUCACUAUUUCUCUUUUCGAUAAAAGUUAAGUGGUCCUUUUUUUACGUUCAACAACUGCUAACGAAUCAACGUACAAAGUAUAUUACCAAGAUGUUCUCUACCAAGACCUUCUUCAUUACCCUUGCGGCAAUCGCCUCCAUGGCCAAUGCCCAAAACAUCCCCUCUGCGGCCCCGGUGGUGACCUUCCCACCAAAUAAUGCCAGCCCCGUCGGCCAAGCCGAACGUGGUUUCACUUUCAAGCAGCCUACAACCGCUGAGACCACCCUCCCACCCGGCGCUGAAGCUUGUCAUACCUGUAGCUGCUUCACAUGUGCCGGAGCAACCGAUAAUGGUGAUGGCACCAUUGACAUCACCAUCGAACACUGUAAGGGGAGUUCCGUCAGUUGGAUGUGCUGUGUUGGUGUCGACGGACAGGAAGGCAACUGUAAUGUCAUUGCUCCUUGCACGUCAGCCAAGUGUUCGUCCAUCCCAGAAAAAGCCGCCGGUGGUGGUCUCGUUAUCCAAAUCCCCGAUUCCAGUACCUCUUUCACCAUCAAUACUCACGAUGGUUUGACCUCGGGAACUGGUGAUCUUAUCACUAGCGUUUGCGGUGGCAACAAGAACCAAGGAACUGGCUGUGAGGCAGAAGAUUACUCUGCUCAUUGUGUGAUUGAUUUUGAUGUCGAGGCUGACUGCUCGUUCACUCCCACUACCACCACCACUUGUGACACCACGGAAACAUUCGCCUGUGAGGAUGGAAGUACUGUCACCAGGAGUCUUCCUGACUGUGAGUUUGCUGACUGUCCCACACCUGAUAGUGACCCAACAGAUGCCGCCACCCCCAACGAGGAGAUGGAAGACAAGAAGUUCUACCACCUCUGGAUGUCGGGCUUUGAAGUCCGCUACCGACGCAGUGGAGUUGUCCGAGAAGCCUAUGUCUACCUCAAUGGACGCAAGGAGCGCCUUGCCUUCAAGACCUACAAGGGUUUCUUGCGAGUGGAUGUUGACUGGCAAGCCAACCCUGCUCACUACAAGGGAGCCCUUGGAUUGCUUGGAAGCAUGGACUUGGAUGGCGACCGUGUUGGCCGUGACGGCAAGACUCACAUUGGCAACCACAACGAGUUUGGUCAAGAGUGGCAAGUCCGCGAGGACGAGCACAAGCUCUUCCAUUCCUAUGAGGAUGCCGUUGUGGCUCCCCAGCAGUGCAAGCUUCCUGACUUUAGUCCGGAAAAGAUGGCAGAGAAGCAACGUCGUCUGGCCGAGUCCAAGCUGACUACUGAGGAGAUUGAAAAGGCAUGCAGCCACCUGCCGGAAGACGAGCGCAAGAGCUGCGAAUAUGAUGUUAUUGCUACACAAGAUCUUGGCAUGGCCGCUGUUUGGUGA